CUUCCCAGGGGCUGGCAGGAGCGUGGGAGCGCAGAGUGCCGGGAGGCGACAGAGACCCGGAGAGACGAGAGAGAUGAGAGACCCGGGCGCGCCGGAGAGACCCGGAGCUAGAGACGCACGGAGACAGCUGGAGACCGAGAGAGGGCGCACGGCCGUCGUCGCUAAGACAGCUGGCUGGAACGCGAGAGAUGCCGAGAUAGAGACGCCGGGGCGGCCGCGGGGGCGCAGAAAGACCGCGAUAGCAGGAAGACCAGGACCCACGGACUUAGAAAAAGAAAGCGCAGUUCAGGGAGGACAGAAAAUGGAGAGGGCGAGGAAGAGCAAUGGCCGGAAGGGCCCGGGACUUAGGGCGCGUAGGGCGGGAAGGCCUCGCCCCUCCCCCGCGGAGGGUGGGAGGACCCCCGGGGCAGGGAUCCAAGCGGCGUGUCCUUUCUCAGGGUGACGCCUGCGGAGAUGCGGGGCCGGGGGCGGAGGGAGGGGUGUGGAAGGCCGCAGGACUCGCGGGCUGGGAGGACGGCAGUGGGAGGACUUUCGGCCUCCGGAUCUCCAUCCAGAGCGUCAAGCUCUACCUUAUGGUAAAGAAGAUGAGUUAAAUAGACAAACUUCUCAGGCAGAUUUCUUCCCCAUUUGGGGCCAACGGGAGGGAAAAAAAAAAAAAAAAGAAGUCAGCGUGUGCAUUGGCCGGGAAUCGAACCCGGGCCUCCCGCGUGGCAGGCGAGAAUUCUACCACUGAACCACCAAUGCAGGCGACAGCUAGCCCUUGGUGGCCCUACCUGAACUUGUAAGACGUUGAGGCCACCGCGGUCCGGGAGAAGGUGUGGGCCAGGGGCUCAGCGAAGGAGCGGCCCGAAUAGCUGACGUGGGUGGAGCGCCAGGCCAUCCUUCCUCCCGCCCGGAUCCGGCCGCCGGGCCAUAAAGUGGCCCCAUAUGGCCGGGGGGCGGCCCCACACCCGGGUGCGAACAGCCCGGGGCCCCGAGCCUCGCGUGCAGACACUUUAUCCUGAAGCCUCCGACUGUUCACGCAUCAUUCUGCAGAGGGUCAUGUUCUUGGUUUGAGGGUCCCCUUCCUCCCCAGUCCAGCCAUCCGUCUGUAUGACCCUUUCCCCAGCUCCUACUUCGCUCUGCCUUUGUAAUUGCUGCUUGGUAACACAUCCUCUUUUGCACUGGAUCCGCUGGGUCUCUAAUGCUGAAGCCGCUUGUGGAGAAGCGGCGCCGGGACCGCAUCAACCGCAGCCUGGAAGAGCUGAGGCUCCUGCUGUUGGAGCAGACCCGGGACCAGAACCUCCGCAACCCGAAGCUGGAGAAAGCAGAGAUACUGGAGUUCGCCGUGGGCUACUUGAGGGAGCGGAGCCGGGUGGAGCCCCCGGGGGUUCCCCGGUCCCCAGCCCAGGACGCCGAGGCGCUCGCCAGCUGCUACCUGUCCGGCUUCCGCGAGUGCCUGCUCCGCCUGGCGGCCUUCGCGCACGACGCCAGCCCGGCCGCCCGCGCCCAGCUCUUCUCCGCGCUGCACGUCUACCUGCGCCCCAAGCCGCCCCGACUGGAGCCGGUAGAUCCGAGGCCCCAGGCGCCGCGCCCACCGCUGGACCCCGCCGCCCCGGUGCCCGGCCCCGCGCUGCACCAGCGCCCCCCAGUGCACCAGGGCCCCCUUAGCCCGCGCUGCGCCUGGUCCCCGUCCCCCUGUUCCCCCCGCGCCGGGGAUCCCGGCGCGCCGGCGCCCCUCACCGGACUGCUGCCGCCGCCGCCGCCGCCGCCGCCGCACAGACAAGACGGGGCGCCCAAGGCCCCGCCGCCCCCGCCGCCCGCCUUCUGGAGACCUUGGCCCUGAGCU